AUGUCACCGAAACCCUCAUUCGAUUCUCUCCCACUACGUAAAGAUGGCCCUCGCGGAAAUGCCUGGGGCCUUUUUGGCGAUAACGACGAAUGUGGUAUGCUCAAUCUCCUGACGCCUGAGGUAGUAGCCAAGGCUGCAGCAGAAAUACGAGACGGCGUUCGUGUCUCGACUGACUGGCCCCUCGAUCGAAUGUCAAGACCGUGUUUUGGUCGCGCACCUUUCAAGCACGAGAUAAAGACAAAGUCCCCUCGGGCUGUGAACGAUGAUACUUUGACAUUCAAUACGCAGAGUAGUUCUCAAUGGGAUGGCUUUAGACACUAUGCGUACCAGAACGAGAAGGUCUGGUUCAACGGAAAGACUCUAGAUGAUCUUUUAUCGAGUGAUGUGAAUGGAACCCAAGCUUGGGUCAACCGAGGUGGUAUUGUGGGACGUGGGGUGCUACUCGACUAUGCAGCUUGGGCAGACAAGAAUGGCAUAGAGAUAACCCCUUUUGAGACAAAGUCGAUCACCGUCUCAACCUUGAAGGAAGUUGCUGAGAGUCAAGGGACGAAGUUUCAAGCAGGAGAUAUCCUGUUUAUUCGAUCUGGAUGGACCCGAGCAUACGAGAAACUCUCCGACGAAGAGUGUAAGACUUUGGCAGACUACCAAGUCCCACCAGCGCAUGGGAUAGAGUCUUCCGAAACGACCCUCCGAUGGCUCUGGGAUAAUUCCUUCUCAGCAGUGGCUGGCGACCAUCCCAGUAUGGAAGCAUGGCCGUGUCAGAAUACUGAUUUCUUUCUUCAUGAGUGGCUUUUGGCGGGCUGGGGUUUGCCCAUUGGGGAGUUAUUUGAUCUUGAGAGGCUGAGUAAAGAGUGUCAAAAACGCCAACGAUGGACCUUCUUCUUUUCCAGUAUGCCUCUUAAUGUACCCGGGGGCGUUGCAAGCCCACCGAAUGGUGUUGCUAUUUUCUAA